CGCUCCCCCGUGCAUGAUCUGUCAGUAAGCGGAUAUUCCACUCGCGAGAUAACGGUGUUGUGCUCCGUCGUUCGUGUGAACCGUCCUGCUCUCUCUGGAUGUUUAGCCUCGUUUUCUUUUCUUUUCUUUUCUUUUUUCUUUUAAACUCUGGGAACGUGUUAUUAUUCGAAACGAAAAGCUUACAUUUCCACCAUGGAGUCAGCUAAUCUAGCUAGCUAAACCUAAAGCUACACAAGCCGGCUAGCACAAAACAAUCGCCAUUCUCUUUGAUCAGACUCGCUGACUUUAGCUGCGAAGCUAGCCGGUUUGUCUGAUAAACAAUGGGAAGCGCUUUGAGGACGGAAUUAACGUGGCUGUUGAGCUCGCUGCACGACCCGCGGUACGUCGCCCGGUUUCAGGAGCUGUGCGGUGUGCGCGGUACAUUCACGGGAAACCAUGCCGGCGCGCGAGACUCGGGUGAGAAGACGGACGCGGACCAGCGAAAGACACCGUCCCGAGAAGGGAAAGGGAAACACCAGGACAUCAACGGCGCGGUAAACGGGACGGCAAACGGCGCCGCUGGGGAGAGCGCUCGCGCGCGUCCGUCCGGCGGCUCCGGCAAGGACGGGAUGGCGCGAGGGCCGCUGCGCAGGAACUCGCUGACCGGAGAGGUGGGCCACCAGUUCGUGAUCUCGAACCGGUUCCUGUACUACGUCUUCACGCUUGGCACGGAACUGGGCAACGAGCUGUUCUACAUCAGCUUCUUCCCGUUCCUCACCUGGAACGUGGACCCGUUCGUCGCGCGCCGCCUGAUUGCGAUCUGGGUUUGGGUCAUGUACCUGGGGCAGUGCACGAAGGACCUGUUGCGAUGGCCGCGGCCCGCCUCGCCUCCUGUGGUCAAACUAGAGGUGUUUUACGACUCCGAGUACAGCAUGCCGUCCACACACGCCAUGUCCGGUACCGCCGUGCCGCUGGGACUCUUCCUGUUAACCUACGGCCGCUGGGAGUAUCCGCUCCCUCUCGGACUGGCGCUGGCUUUGAGCUGGAGUAUGCUGGUGUGUGUGAGCCGCAUCUACAUGGGCAUGCACUCUGUCCUGGAUGUGAUUGUGGGGUUCCUCUACAGCCUGCUCAUCCUGGUGGUGUUCUAUCCAGCUCUGGAUGCCCUUGACACCUUCACCCUGUCUUCCAGAUACGCUCCCAUUCUCGUCGUCUCUUUCCACGCCUUGCUGGGGCUUUUCUCCUUCACCCUGGACACGUGGAGCACAUCCAGAGGCGACACCGCUCAAAUCCUGGGUACGGGUGCGGGCAUCGCCGUGUCGUCCCACCUCAACUACCAGCUGGCUCUGAUCCGCGACCCUCCCGCCUCCAUGCUGCCUUUGCAGGCUCCGCCUCUCAGCCUGGGCCUCCUCGGGUGGAGCUUGCUGCGUUUUAUCCUGGGCGUGUUGAUGCUGAUCGUCACGAGGGCGGUGAUGAAGGCUCUCACCAUCCCCCUGGUGUGCCGCGCGGUCGGGAUCCCCAGCGGGGACGUACGCAAAGCCAGGCAGAACAUGCAGGUGGAGCUCCCGUACCGGUACAUCGUUUACUGGACCAUUGGCUUCAGCGCUUUCUUCCUCGUACCCUUCGUUUUCAGCUGCAUCGGCUUGUACUGAACGGUCGACCGAGCUGAGCUGCAGUUCAUCCGAGACCAAAAUUCGAUCGUAACCUGCACUGCCCAAAGCUUCCCAUCCACACAGCACACCGUUAGAGCUAAUCCGUUCAUUUUUCCGAAACUAGCUUCCAUAAAAGAAUAACACAAAGGGUUAGUUGCACUUCUUGGAUUUUUGCAGAAGAAUAAGGCACAUAUUUUCUACGACUGAGUUCGAAACCCUGUGUGACUGAAAAUUCUCGGACUUCUCACUUCCUCACGGCACCUUGGACACUUGAAUUGGAAAAGAAGAUCCCUUUAUUUGGGAUCGAGGACUUUUUUUAUUUCUUCGACUGAAAUAUUUCUACAACUGACUGAACUUCGGAAGACCUCAGUAGCCUUCAGUUAACUUACCCUGACCAGAGGAGAGAGAGAGAGAGAGAGAGAGAGAGAACUGGGGAUGACCUCGGAGCUGGACGUUGUUGUGUUCAAACCCGUGUCCACUGUGAGGUUUUGGGUUUUUUUUUUAAUGCAGCCUUUUAGAAGAGCAAUUCCAGACACUUUCUGACACACAGAUAAUUCAGGGUUGGUCUCUGCACACACACAGAUAAACAUUCCCUUUACGUAUUAAUAUGAACAGAAAGCUCUUGUUCUAUAAAAGCAGAACAAACGUUGGGAGAAAGCCAGCACGUUAUUCCCACUCAGUUCUGCUUUCUAAUUCCUCCUGAAAGCGGCCAGUUACCAUCACAUGGCUCGUUGCCCAGGCUUUCUUCACGUUUGUUACGUAAUUUCAGUCACGCCGUCGCAUUUAGACAAUCAGCUCUGACCACGCCGCGGUCGUUUUCCCCGUGACCCGCCUUUCUCUUUGUCUACGUCAGGUUGUUUCUUUUGUUUUGAAAUGAUUGUGCUCUGAAAGAGGAGACACUCGAUCGUAAAAUCGACAUCUACUGUGUGUGAUCUCAGAGAAGUCUGCUGUUUCAGACCGUGUGUGUUUGUGGUACUGUUUCUUUUUGUUUGUUUGUUUUUUUUUAAAGAAAUGCACUGUUUCCCAGAAUGCACUGCUUUUACACGUGCUCGUGUCCGUGGGCUCUGCGUUGUCGACAAGCUUGUGUUUUAUUUCUGUGUGUGUGUGUGUUUGCUGCGUCCUGCAUUCACACUAGCAGGAGAUACGAGGUGUCUAGAACCCCGGUGUGGUUUGUGGGCGUGGCCUCUGAUGCUUUUAGAAUAGCCGAAGCAUGUUACUGUGGUUUAAAAUGGGUGUGUUUUAAAAAAGUAAAAGUGAUUUAGUUUAUAGAUUUGAGUGCCAGAUGUGCUUCAGUGGGCGAUUUGGGAUUUUAAUCAGAAGGCCGCCAGUUUGAACCGAGCCGCUGUUGGUUCUCUGAGCGUUAGCGUGCUUGCUAAAUUUUAAGUUGGGUAAAACCUUAAAGAAUGAGCUGGAGGACGUGUUGAAGCCAGAAUUAUGGAUCUGUUGCUCCCGAGUAGAACUGGAACAUUCACUUGUUGUUAUUGAUUGCUAAUGUGAACGCAGGAUUAUUUGUGUGUGUGUGUAUGUGUGUGUUCAAGUGUGUGUCCACUGUAAAGAAAGACUGAAGGAUCACAUCGGCUCUAAGCUCAAGCCAGUUGUUUUGGACGUAAUCGGGAUCUCUUUAGCAGGAUUUUGGGAAAAUAAAAAAACAUUUCAGGUGUGAGUGAGAAUAAAAACUAACGAUAUGUCCUUUACGCAAUAUUCAGUGUAAAGUCUAAUUUCCCCCUGACCAUUCCGGUGUCCAGCACAUCUUUAAUUGGAUUCUGAUGUCUGAGGACUGUUAUAAAUUGUCUUUAUCACAUACACAUCAUUUAUCACAUAUACAUUACUGCACAGGCAAAUGCUUUCUUCACAUAUCCUGUCCUUGGGGGUUGGGGUCAGACCACAGGGUCAGCCAUGAUGCAGCACCUCUGGAGCAGGGUGGGUCCAACGAUGGAAGUGUUAGCAGUGCUGGGGCUUGAACCCUGAUCUUCUGGUCAACGACCCAGAGCCUUAACCACUUGAGCUUCACGUCAUUACCGUAGUGUUGCACUUUAACUGUUGUGUGCUACUGAAAUGAAUCCUACAGCUGAGCGUUAAUACUCGUCUAUGCAGAAUUUUAAAACGCCACUAUGCAGACAGGAAAUCAGGACCGAGGAGCCUUCAGAACGCUUCCUGUUUGGAAAUUACGGAGAUAUAUAUAUGAGACACACCUCAGCUAUAAUACCACACCCAAUACAUACAUACGCUAUAUUGCCAAACGUUUUGGGACGACAUGCACAUGAAUGUAAUAUAUAGUUGUCCCGCUCUUUGCAGCUAUAACAGCUUCAACUCUUCUGGGAAGGCUUUCCACCAGGUUUAGGAGUGUGUUUAUAGGAAUUUUUGACCGUUCCUCUAGAAGAAGCGCAUUUUCGAGGUUGGACAAGAAGGUCUGGCUUGCAGUCUCCACUCUCAUUCAUCCCAAAGGUGUUCUAUGGGGUUAAGGUCAGGAAAGGCAGGCCAGUCAAGUUCAUCCACACCAAACUCACUCAUCCAUGUCUUUAUGGACCUUGCUUUGGACACUGGUGUGCAGUCAUGUUGGAACAGGAAGGGGUCAUCCCCAAACUGUUCCCACAAAGUGUCCAAAAUGUCUUGGGUUACGUUACCUACGUAGGUUCAGACUUAAAGGCAUAAACACCACGAUAUACGAAUAAGAGAAUAUCUACUGAAUACAGGAUCCUGAAAUCUUCACAGACAUUCACCAAGACGACUCGAUGGGUCAAGAUAUGGUGUGUGUGUGUGUGUGUGUGUAUGUGUCUGUGGAUCUGAUUCACCCUCAAGUUGUCUUUUCUGCUUCCUCUCCUUUAGCAGAUGUGUGUGUGUUUAAUAAAACAGCAGGGAUGAAUGCGAUGCACUUCUUUUUAUGUAGCCGAGCUUCCAUCCCGUUGACUAGCGUGUUUGGGAUAGAAUAGCGCCCCCUACUGUGCACUCGAAUCCCCACACUGUCUGGAUUUAACACAGUGAUAAAGUCAUGAAGUAUUGAGAGAGCUUCCUGGGGGCCUGAAUGUUUUCAUGUUUGUUUGUUUGUUGUUUAUUUUAUCUGAUUAAUUGUUUGUCUUUUACUCAAUCAGAAUGUUAACACACAUGCAAAAAAAAAUGUAUUGACUGUUUUUGCAAAUUGCAAAAGGAAAAAAAAAAGCAAUGCCAUAACCAAACAUCUGCCUUUUGUCGUUUAUUCUCUCUCUGCGCUGGAAUAAAUCCAUCCAUCCAUUGUCUAUACCCGCUUUAUUCCUAAUUAGGGUCAAGGGGAUCUGCUGGAGCCUAUCCCAGCACACAUUGGGUGAAAGGCAGGGGUACACCCUGGACAGGUCACCAGUCCAUCACAGGGCCACACAUAUAGACAGACAACCACACACACUCACACUCACUCCUAUGGGCAAUUUAGAAUGACCAAUCAACCUAAUGUACAUGUUUUUGGGCUGUAGGAGGAAACCAGAGUACACGGAGUAAACCCACGCAGGCACGGGGAGAACAUGCAAACUCCACACAGAAAGGCUCCUCUCUGUUCGGACCCGGGACCAUCUUGCUGUGAGGCAACAGUGCUAGCUUUACAGAACAUAAGAAACAAAAAACACAGUGCAAAAAGCCUAACCUAGAUGUUAAGACAAAAUCAUCCCUAGUGAGCAAGACUAGGGCGACUGUGGAGACGAAAAACUCCCUUAGACGAUAUGAGGAAGAAACCUUGAGAGGAACCAGACUCCAAAGGGAACCUCAUCCUCAUUUGGGUGACACCGGAGAGUGUGAUUAUAAAUUAUUCUAAACACCGGAGAGUGUGAUCACGAACAAUGUACUUUCUGCAGUUACGAACAGUCAGUUGUGUGAUGCAGAUAAAGCAUAUGUAGAAUUUUAUGUGUGUAUUAAUUAGGAGGUUGUUGUCGUCCUCAAAGUCCACAUAGGGUCGGCAUCAUUGCUUUGAUAUACCCAAAUCCUCACAAAGCAGAACCCAGGUGGAGCUGAUCCAUCUCUGGAUGCCUCAGGAUCCUCACAGGGUUGGACUCUGACUACUGGAGCUGAAAUAUGAAUAUGAAAACACUAUACCCCCUUUUAUAGACUUUGAUAUUCUGGAAACUACCAGAAGUCCGGAGUUUUGUGAUCUUAAGGAGCAUGGUGGAUUGUAACAUGUCAGAAGACUGGUUAGAUACAUGGGAGCAGGAGCAUUUAGAGCCUUGUACGUAAGUAAGUAACAAGACAAAGGACCCUUAUAGAAAGACAGGGCUUAUAAAUUGUUUCCUGCAUAAAGUGCUUAAAAAUGAAAAUAUACACAGAAGAUGCGAAUACGUGCAGUUUUCUUGCACGUUAUACAUCAUUAUCUCUUAUACCUUUAAAUUU